UGACUGCCACUUUCUCUUCAGCUUCAGCUACAUCCUGUCCUGCAAAGUUUUAAGCUGCAAGCCAGAAUCCAGGCUCCAGAACCAUUAUGGCCUACAGCAGUCAGCCAAACCCAACCUUGAACGGAGGCCCGGACAACGAGGACCAUGACCAGAAGGACAAGGAGAAGCCGCAGAUCGUGUCUCUCAACGACAAAUUCGUAGCUCGCAUUAACAAGGUCCGCCAGCUGGAGGAGGAGAACAAGAAGCUGAAGACCAAGCUGAAGAUACUACUGGAUCAGGUACACUACACGGGUAAGGUAGACGAGAUUGUGGAUGAGCUGAGGUCCUCGCUCCUCAAGCAGGUAGACUCCCUGGCUCAGAAGCAGAGGAGGCUGCAGUUGGACUUGAACAGAAGCCAGGAAGAGUUGCGGCAGCAGCGGAUGAAGUAUGAAGAUGAGAUCCAGAAGAAGGCCGAGCUGGAGAAUGAAUUUGUGGUCUGCAAGAAGGAUUUGGAUGAGGGUUACCUUAAGAAGACUUCCUUGGAGCAGAAGGUGGCGGAGCUGACAGAAGAGAUGGACUUCCUGAAUAGAGGCUUCCAAGAGGAAAUCAAGGAACUCCAGUCCAAAAUCCAGAAUGCUACUGUGGUCCUGGAACCAGACAACAACCGUAGUCUUGAUUUGCAAUCGAUCGUGCAAGACAUCAAGACCCAAUAUGAGGAUAUGGUAGCCCGCAGUCGGGUCGAGGCUGAGCAGUGGUACAAGAAGAAGCUGAAUGACAUGGCAACCACGGCACAAAUUAAUGAUGAGGACAUGCAAAAUCUGAAGAAGGAGAUCAGUGAUAUAGUUCGUCUUAUCCAGAAGCUCAAUUCAGAUUUGGAUAGCUUGAAGAAGAAGAGAGACAACCUGAAUGCAGCCAUCGAGGGGGCAAAGCACCGGGGGCAGCAGGCCCAUGAGGAGGCGCUGCAGCAGAUUACCAACCUGCAGGACGCGCUGAGCCAGGCCAAGCGCGACUUGGUACGGCAUGUGCGUGAGUACCAGGACCUGAUGAAUAUCAAGCUGGCCCUGGAUAUUGAGAUCGCCACCUACAAGAAGCUUCUGGAUGGAGAGGAGUUCAGACAACACCGCCCCAUGAACCACUUUUAGCCAGACUGGGCUACCACUCACCCUACUGUCCCUAGACAGUCUCUGUCCCCAGGAGGUUUCUUUCCUUAGCCAGUGUCUGUCUUUAGCUGGUGUCUGUCCUCACUCACUAUUUCAUCUCCCUUCACCCGUUUCCCAUGUUCUCCAACUCCGCUCAGUGAUUUUGCCCUUUUGCUCGGUGUUAUGUGGUCACUAUUGACUGGAAUGUUCUGGAGUUUUUUUAUUAGAAUUCUGCCUUGAUAGUAGUUUCUGAAUGGUGUUUUUAGUUUUUGCGGGACGAUGUGUGGGGUAUGGGAUUUUUUUUUUUUUCCACUGCAGAUUAUGUUUAAAUUAAUUAAGUUUUAAUUAAUUGUUACUCCAGAAUAGCUCCACUCUUUCAAAAUAAAUGUAUUCUCUUAA